AUGUCCCUCUUCCAAAUACAAUUACCAUCGAAACCAUGCGAUUUGAUGGCAUUCCUUGAACUAGACAAAUCAUCGAUCCUGAAAGCUGAAGAGUUCAGCGGUUCGAAAUCGGCGUUCAUUUACGAUGAGAACGGAGCACUCCUUGCGAAACAAACCAUUAUCAAAUAUACACCAACGCAAGCGUACUGUAUUUAUGCGGAUUGUAGCGAUGAAAUAGCCGGAAAAAAUAUUCGUGUAGAGGAAAAGGAGGAUCCACAUCAUCUGAAACUAGUCUCUAUUGAGACAGAAAAAGAAAAUCGACGUCUUCUACCGUUGUACGUGCAGUUCCACACGGUUCCGGAGGCAAGACCAGCAGAAGCGCAUCUGGUCGAUCGUCUUGCCGAACAUGCACUUGGUCGAUUUAAUCUCGAACUGAAGAAAAACGUCACACAUGAUUCAUUCGCGGAAUCAGAUUCGUGGAGGGAUGAGGCUGGUUUCAUAGUGACCGACCGGAAUCGUUUCGUCUACGUCACAUUCAAAACAUCGUCGUUGCUUCAAUCAUUGAACGCUAAUGAGGCAACGAUCACAAAGUACAAUGCUGAAGAAUUGGAAUUUCUUCACGAUUUCGACACAUCCGUAUGUGGAUUCAGUCGGGAAGAAGCUGUUGAGUUCGUCGCCGCUAACUCCACAGUUUUUGUGGCAAAAGGAGGAGAUGGUGUCAUCGAUGGAAUGAUUGCUGGGAAAGGAGAUAGGAUAUUUGCACUUUACGCGGAGACUCUCGAAAUCGCACACGCAUUGAUCAAACACUACAUCACUGUGAAUAAACUUACUCAGGUGUCGUUCUUCACCCGAGAAGAUGUGUGGGAAUGUAAGCCGAUCUCUUCACGACGAGUUCACCGACGUCAUACCAGGACGGUUCCGUCAAGCAUCAAAUGGAGCAAGGUAUAUGCACUGAAUAUGGGAUUCCAUAUUGUGUAA